GAGGGGGGGGGGGGUUAAUGCAAUCAGAAUAAGACGGAAAGAGAGAGAGAGAGAGAGACAGAGACAGAGUAAUAGAGAAACGGAGAAAGAAAGUCAGCGUAUGAGAGAAAGACAAAGUAUGAGGGGGGAAAUAACUGGAGAGAGAGUAAAAUAGAAAGACUGAGAGUGAAAGAGGAAGAGAGUGAGAGGUAAAAUGGCUGACUGGGGUGGAUUUACGGAAGAUGAUCUUCGCCAACUUUCCUACCCGUUACCCAGAACUGAUAAAGAGAGAAAUCUCCAUGCGUCUGCUAAGAAACAGGCCAAUUUUGGCAAACAGAGGAACAAGAAUCCCAAGGAUCGUGUUAUGACCAGCCCAAAGAAGCGAGUUACUUUGAGUGAUGUCGUACAAGUGAUGCCGGUCGAUGAAAUGUUAAGUCCAGCUAGUAUGUUCAAUGGAGAAAAUGGUGUCCCGGGCGCCAAAGAGGGCCCAAAUGCCAACAAACCCAAAGUACCUCAAACUCCACCAAAGUCUGUCCUGAAAAAUUCCAAAUCUGCAGAACGUAGAAAAUUGCAGAAUUCUUACAGUUCAGAGACAUCUUCUGUGAAUGAACCUUCACAAGGGACACCUUUGCAAGAGACCCCCUCACAAGAAAACCUUUCACAAGAGGAGUCUGCAACACAGAAAGAAUUACCUUGUCGAGAACUGGAUGAGCAAGAAGCUCUAAGCCGGGAGUUGACCCAAAUUGAAAAAUUCCAACACCAACAGAAACUUAUAGAAGAAAAGAAUAAACAGACCCGGAAUUUCCUUGCUGAAGCCAUUAAAGACCGAUGGGAGAAAGCAGAAACAGAAGCUGUCUUGUUGACCAAUUUACAAAAAGAACUUUCACGGCUGGACGACCUUCUUACUGCUGAUGUGUCCAUCAUUCGAGACAAAAUCGAAACUUCCAGCUUGGAGUACCUUGAAGCCCAGAAGCGUUACGAGAAAGCCGAGAAGGAAUUCAUCAAAUGCAAACUGGAGAUGUUCCGCAAGGCAGAACUGAAAGAACAACUCACCGAACAUUUGUACACAAUAAUUUACCAGAACGAGAUGAGGAAAGCGCAGAAGCUGACUGAACUGAUGGAGAAGUUAAAGAUUUGUCCAAUGUCGGAUGAGGUGGAAUGUAUUCUUCCUCCAAUGCCACCAGUUCCUAUGUAUAACCCUGUUAACACGAUACACUCCCCCUACAAAGACAUUUCCACCACCACUGCCAACACCACCACCACAACCACCGACACCACCACAACCACUAACACCACCACAACCACAACCACCAACACCACUACUUCUAGUGUUACUCCUUCUAAUGCUAGCAGUACAGAUAAAGAGCCAGUAAUAGCUACUGACGUCUGUCCCGAGAAAGAGACCCCUUUGACCACGCCCACAGCCACAACACCGUCACAGUCUGAGGACAGCCACACUGCUGAAACGUGUGCCAACGCUUGUCCCUCUGAAGGAACGGAGUCAGCCCCAGAAAGCUCGGAAAACCCCAGUGGAGAUCUGCUUACCGAAACACUGUCUGAGUCGUCGCGAGUGGGAUCAGGGGACGACGUGACCCUUACUGUCUCCAGCCCUGUCGAAAAUAACACCAGUAACAUCAUUAGUGGCGGAAAUAAUAAUAAUAAUAGUAGCCUUAGUAGUAAUAAUAAUAGUAGUACUGUUAACAAUAGUGAUAGCAGUAGUAGUAGUAAUAAUAAUAAUAUUAAUGAUAAUAAUAAUAAUCCUGACAACAACAACAACAAUAGUAAUAAUAAUAAUGUAACAGUCCCUGCCUCAGCAAUGCAACACAAGAGUGCCAAUGCAAAGGGAGAUAAUCAUAACGAGGGGGAGGGAACUGGUGAUAGUUGAGAUUGUAGGAGAACCAGACUAAAAGCCUUACCAUACUUUUUUUUUUUGAUCUCUUUCGGUAUUUUUUUCUCCUUCUGGGAGUUCAAAUCUCAUUCAUCCAUACAAGGUCAAAGUCAUCUGUACCAGGGGUUUCUCAUUUUUUAUAAAUAUGUUUUUUUUCCUGUGUAGUCUAUUAUAAUUCUGCCACUUGAUCAAUCAACCUGUACUCAGUUGUACUUUUGAGACACAUAAACACUAUUCAUUGUGAUAAUGAUGAGGCAUUUGAUAGAUUUACAAGCACUGGGUAUUGUGCUUAAAUAAGGUGGUACUGCUGAUAAUGAUAAUAAUAAUAAUAAUAGGGGUUUGAAUAAUUCACCUUUGGAAACAUGGGUGUUUUGCUCAACAUCCUUAAAUAACUCUAAUUCAGGAACCUUUUGAACGGAAUGGGCUACUCGACCUGAAGAAAAUUCUAACCGGGCCCCAUCUGCAAGGUCAUGCGCUGUUUAUCUUGAUAUAAGAUCACCAUGUCGCGCACAUAUGGUUGUGAUGCAUGUGCCUGGUGUACCCUUAUCAGACGGGUAGUCAUGAUGGGUAUACUGGGCUUCGUAUAUUUGUACCCUAUUGUCAGUUUGAUGGCAUGCACUGCUCUCUCACUCAAUAAUAGCAAUUUCAAAUUUUGGCACAGGGCCAAUAGUUUUUUUUUUUUUUAAGAAAGAAGAAAUCAAUUAUAUUGGUCCCAGUACUUGACUGGUACUUAUCCAUCCCAAGAGGAUGGAAAACAAAAUCAACCUCAGUGGAAUUUGAGCUCAGAACACAAAGAACGGAAGAAAUGGCACUGAGCUAAUGAUUUUGUCACCUUGAUGGUAGUGAUGAUGAUGAUGAUGAUGAUGGUGAUAAAUCUUUCUAAUUUUGGCACAAAGCCUGAACUUUUGGACGGGAGAGGGCUUAGUUGAUUCCAUUGAUAUGCAUCACCCCCACCCCCAGUCCUCGACUGGUAUAUAUUUAUUUUAUCCACCACAAAAACAUAAAAGACAAGGUCAACCUCAGUGGAAUUUGAACUCAGUAUGACUAGAAGUGCUACUAAGCAUUUUGUUCGGCAUUUAACGUCCAUUUUCCAUGCUGGCAUGGGUUGGACGGCAUGUCAGGAACUGGUAAGGUCAAGAUGGGUAUACUGGGCUUUGUAUAUUUUACCCCAGUGUCACUUUGAUGGCAUGCACUGCUCUCUCACUCUAUAAUAACAAUAAUAUCCUUUCUGCUAAAGGCACAAGGCCUGAAAUUUGGUGGGAGGAGGUAAGUCAAUUACAUCGACCCCAGUAUGCAACUGGUACUUAAUUUAUCAACCCUGAAAGCAUGGAAGGCAAAGUCAACCUUGGCGGAAUUUGAACUCAGAACAUAAAGACAGACAAAAUACUGCUCAGCAUUUCACCUGGCAUGCUAAUGAUUCUGCCAGCUCGCCACCUUAAUAAUAAUAAUAAUAAUAAUAAUAAUAAUAAUCCUUUCUACUAUAGGCGUAAAACCUGAAAUUUUGAGGGGAGGGGUACAUGAUUACAUCAACCCCAGUGCUCAAACUGGUACUUUCUGAAAGGAUGAAAGACAAAGUCAACCUUGAUGGAAUAUUAACUUGGAACAUAAUGCUCAAAGAAAUACUGCGAAGCAUUUUACUGAGUUUGGUAAUAAUUCUAUUACAGACAAGACAAGGCCCAAAAUUUGAAAGAGGUGGUGGGAAUUAGUUAAUUAAAAUCUACUUUAGUAUUUGACUUGCUCUUUAUUUCAUCAACUUCUAACCCCUAAAGCCCUUUCUGUUCAGAGUCAACUUCAUCUUUUUUCCUUCGGGGUUGAUACGAUAAAGUACCAGUCAAGUAUUAGGGUCAGUUUAAAAUUCCUAUGGAACAGAAAAUAACCCCCAAAAUUUGUGAGGGAAACUUCUUGGACCACCAAUUAUAAAUUAAUUUUUAAUUACUUAAUGUAACUCAGUAAGACAUUAAACUUACUGGGUCCAUGGAAACUUUUGUAAGGACCGUGUUAUGAGAUAAUGUUAAGGCUAAGACUGACUUUACCUUUUAUCUUUCAGGGGUCAAUGAAAUAAAGUAUCUGAUAUACUAUGGGGUGCAUUUAAUAUUUCUAUGAAACGUCCUUAACACAUAAAACGUGACGGGCCACAAUCAUGGCCGUCAGGCACAGGUUGACAGGCCAUGAUCAUGGUCCAGAUAGAUACAUUUAAUUUAUGGGCGUUUGUUGGGGGUCUAAUGUCACUCAAACGAUCUGAUACCCCCCAGAAUGCAAGAAGAUUAAUAGUUCAACUAAUGACUUUUCAGAUAAUAUAAAACUUGCCACCAUUAGAUACUAAGAAGAUAUUUUAACUAUUUUUUGUUUUUUAUGUGUGUAUGGUAGUUUUUUUAUGGUGUGUAUGAGACGUGAAGAACAACAGUUAAGUCAAAUAAGCAAAUACAAUCAUUCAUCAACAGGUGCUUGCGUAGUAUACUUAAAAUCAGAUGGCCCGAACACAUAAGCAAUAUGGAGCUAUGGCAAAGAACGAAUCAAGUCUCGAUUAGGGAGCAAAUAUUUAAGAAAAAGUGGAAGUGGAUUGGUAGCACAAUUAGAAAGGACACACCAAAUGUAGCGAAAAGUGCUUUACAGUGGAAUCCGGAUGAAUAUAGAAAGAGGGGUAGGCCUAAGAACUCAUGGCGUAGAUCAACACAAAAGGAACUAGAGAAAGGGGGACAUUCAUGGCAGAGUAUAAGUACAGAAGCGAGAAAUUAUGCGACAUGGAAUUCAAUUAUAAGUGGCUUAUACUCCGCGUUGGAGGGUUAAAGGCAAGAAAAAGAUGGUAGUCUCAUUUUCAUAAAAUGUGCUCAGCAGUCCAUGCUGUGUAAGUGCAAAUCCCAGCACUGUAUGGGUUAAUGUGAAUGGAAUUAUGAUAGAUGACUGAAAUUAAUGUUACUUUUCAUCCAACUGGGUUGAUAAUAUAACACCAGUUGAAUAACAUGGAUUGAUUUAACUCGUUAGCAUUUAAAUUGGCUUUAUCCUGUGAAAUGCAUUUAAGAUUUCUCUAAAAAGAAGGGUGGUGAGCUGGUAGAAUCAUUAGCAUGCUGUGCGAAAUGUUUGGUGGCAUUUCGUCUGUCUUUAUGUUCUGAGUUCAAAUUCCACUGAGGUCUUUAUCUUUCAUCCUUUCAGGGUUGCUAAAAUAAGGACCAGUUGAUCACUGGGGCCGGUGUAUUUGACUUAACCCUCAGCUCCCUGAAAUUUCUUGCCUUGUGCCAAAAUCUGAAACCAAUAUUUUUCUUAAAGGCAGCGAGGUGGCAGAAUUGUUAGCAUACCAGGAAAAAUGCUUAGCAACAUUUUUUUUCCAUCUUAUGUUCUGAGUUCAAAUUCUACCAAGGUCAACUUUGCCUUUCAUCCUUUCAGGGUCAAUAAGUAUGAGUUGAGUGCUGGGGUUGGUGUAAUCAUCUUACCCACCUCCCCCAAAAUUGCUGGGUUUGUACCAAAUUGUGAAACCACUCUGCUUUUCAUUUUUCUGAUAGCGGUAAUGAUGAAGUAAAAUACUGAGGUAGAUAUUCAUAUAAAACAUCCUCGAAUGAAUUGAAUUAUAAUAGAAGUCUGUGACUAACUUUGUCUUUUGUUAUUCUGGGUUUGAUAAAAUAGGUACCAGUGAAACACUUGACUAGCAUUUUAUAUCAACUGACCCCAGGAGGGUUGAAAAGCAAAGUUGAUCUUGGUGCGAUUUGAACUCAGAACAUUGACCCUAAAAGGGUGAAAGUCAAAAUCAACCUCAGAAGAGUUGCUGCCAAGCAUUUUGUCUAGAAUGGUAAUGAUUCUACCAGUUCACCCACCUUAUAAAAAUCUUAAUAAUAAUAAUAAUAAUAAUAAUCCUUUCUGCUAAAUGCACAAGGCCUGAAAUUUGUGGGGAGGGAACUAGUCAAUUACAUCGACCCCAGUGUUCAAUAAGUAUAUAUUUUAUCAACCCUGAAGGGCUGAAAAGCAAAGUUAAGGUCAGAAAUUUGAACUCAGAAUAAUAAUCCUUUCUAUUAUAGGCACAAGGCCUGAAAUUUGGUGGGAGCGGGUUAAGUCGAUUACAUUGACCUCAGUGUUUUACAGGUACUUAAUUUAUUGACCCUCAAAGGGUGAAAGGCAAAGUUGACCUUGGCAGAAUUUGAACUCAGAGCAUAGUGGCAGACGAAAUACUGCUAAGCAUUUUGCCUGGCAUGCUAAUGAUUCUGCCAGCUCGCCACCUUAUAAUAAUAACAACAAUAAUAAUAAUAAUAAUAAUAACAACAAUAGUAAUAAUAAUAAUAAUAACAACAAUAGUAAUAAUAAUGCCCAGCUGACAACAAGGUAUGCGAUAAGGAAGAAAGAAAAGUCGAUAGAUGUGACAGGUUAGGUUGGGAGGUUAAGCAGUUGUGGUCACUGAAAAAGAUGAUAGUCUUCUUCUUCUUCUUGUACCCUUUUAAAGCCUAGCCAGGCUCAUGGACCCAAUUUCCUGGUUUCAAUGGCGUAUGUGUUCCCCAGCUGGACGGGACGCCAGUCCAUCGCAGCGUUACUCAUUUUUGCCAGCUGAGUGGACUGGAGCAAUGUGAAAUGAAGUGUUUUGCUCAAGAACACUACUCGUUGCCCGGUCCAGGAAUUGAAACCACAAUCUUACGAUCAUGGUGCUGACACCUUAACCACUAAGCCACAUGCCUCCACAAAAAGGUGAUAGUAGUACCAAUAAUUGUCGGAGCCCUGGGAACUGUGAAUAAGAAUUUUGAGAAGUACAUGGAACAAAUAGGGGCUGCGCUUGAAUACUCUGGAAAGUGCUAAAAAAAUAAGGGUUGUUACCUUAGUUCACUGGUAGGGAACAGCUAGCACCGUAGUACAUCUCCAGCGUUAGAAGCUGUGCAAAGACAAUAAAAUAAUAAUAGUAAUCAUAAUCCUUUCUACUGUAGGCACAAGGCCUGAAAUUUUGGGGGAGGGGGCUAGUUAAUUACAUCAACUCCAGUGCGUAACUGGUACUUAUUUCAUCAGUCCUGAAAGGUAAAGUUGACUGGCAGAAUUUGAGCUCGACAUAAAAUUAUUUUAUUUAUUUAUUUAUUUUUUUUUAAUUUUGCUACAAGGGCCCAUUUAUACAAAAGAAGACAUGUUACAAAAAGGGGUUACCAAAAUAUGUGAGUUUCUACACAGAAUAGUUAUGUAAAAAGAAAGGGAAUAAAACAAAGACAGUUUUGUUAUAUACUGGGACAUAGCUUUUAUUUUGAACUUGUUUCAGUCAUUGGACUGUGGCCAUGCUGGAGCACCAUCUUGAAGGGUUUUAGUUGAACAGCUUGGCCUUUGUACUUUUUGUUUUUAAAGUCUGGUACUUAUUUUAUUGGUGUCUUUUUGCUGAAUCACUAAAUUACAGGGACAUAAACAAACCAAUACCAGUUGUCAAGCAGUGGUGGGGAAAAAACGCAGACAUAAAGACACAAACAUUGAUAUAUAUAUAUAUGUGUGUGUGUGUGUGUGGCUUAAUGUUGGAUGAAUGAGAAUAGAGUGCUCAAUACCUGUAAAAGAUAUAGUUUUUUUAUUAAAACUAAAGCUAAGAGUUUGUUUCACGAUUUGAGUUUCACAUCACUGCAAUUGCCUGAGGAUCACAGUGGCAUGAAAUUUAUUGCAAAACUAUAUAUAUAUAUAUAUAUAUAUAUAUAUAUAUAGAUAUAUACAUACAUACAUACAAACACACAUACACAUGCAUGUGUCUGUACAUAUAUAUGUAUUUAUAGAUACACAUCCAUGUGUGUGUGUGUAUAUAUAUAUAUAUAGGGUGCGGUGAAUAAAUUGUUGUCCAAAUUACACAAAACACUGACAUCUCAUUUUAACAGAUAUAUUUACCAAAAUUACAUGAAAAUAUCUUGAAAUACUAAAGAGUAAAUUUAUUCAAUAAAAUCACUAUUUUAAUACUAAAGAGUAAAUUUAUUCAAUAAAAUCACUAUUUUAAUACUAAAGAGUAAAUUUAUUCAAUAAAAUCACCACAGCCUCCAGACGACUUCAGAAUCUCCUGUAAUUCUUCUGGACGGUCUCUUUGUUUAAGUCGGUGAAUGCUGUCAUAAUCCUUGCCUCCAGUUCAUCUUUGGUGUUACAAGCAGUUUUGUUGGUCUCUCGCUCAACUGCGUACGUCAUAUAAUAAUCAAGGUAGUUGCAGUGUGGGGAGUUAGGUGGCCAGAUGUUAGGGGUGAUGUGGUUGCAGAAAUUGUCUGACAGCCAUGACUGGGUUCUCCUGCUUGUGUGGCAUGGUGCAGAGUCCUGUUGCCAGACAGAGGGUCUUCCAGCAGCCACCCUCUUGACCCAGGGCAGCACUACCUCCUCCAGGCACUUGAUGUAGGCCUCCGUGUUGAGUCUGAGGCCGUAUGGGAAGAUGAAUGAAGGCAUAAUGUUGACUGGAUGUUUGAUUUUUAUCACUCUCGGUACGUGUUUUGGGGACAUGGCAACCUAUCGGUUCUGUGAGUUCACCAUCUGAUCCUGGCAGAAAUUAUUCUCGUCUGAGAAAAACCAAAGCAUGUUCGGUUGGAGGGGAUGCUUGAGUUUAUUCAAAAGCUUCGUAGCACAGUCUUUCCUCUUGUCCUUGAUGGUUCAGGAUAAAAACUGGCCCUUUCUAAUCUUGUAUGAGGAAUACCAAAUGUCUUCAUGCCCAACCUGCCUGAUAUGAAACUCAGACACUUCCAUGUCCCUAGUAAUGGACCCGAUUGACUUGGAGGGAUCGUUGUCAAACAAGAAAAAUAAACAUGAAAUGAAUUCGAAAAUAUAAAAUACAUACAUGAAAUCAUAUUAUGUUGUAUUAUAUUACAUAUUUAUAUCUAUCUAUCUAUAUAUAUAUAUAUAAUUAAAACAUAGGGUAAAAAAUCAGAUAUUAAUUAAUAUCAAUUUAUUACCAGGAAGCUAGCACAUUUAAAGAAUCAGAGAGAUUCAGAAAAAAUAUCUGAGAUCUUAGGGGAUGUAUAUAUAUAUAUAUAUAUAUAUUCUUCCUCCGUUUUUCCCUUCUUUGAACUUUCCUUGUUUCUGACGAAGAGCUCCGCUCGAAACGUCAUACUCUCUCUCUUUCCUUUCCCGAGUGUCUAGUAACACUAUCUGUAUCACGUCCUCACUGUUAUUGUUUUUUGUCUUUUUCCUUUUUUUGAACCUAUAUAUAUAUAUAUAUACUCACACACACAUACGUACAUAUAUACACACACAUAUAUAUAUAUACAUAUAUGUGUGUGUCUAUUUAUAUAUGAAUGUGUGUAUAAAUAGCUAUUGUGAUUUUAUAUAUAUGUAUAUAUACUAUAAAUAUAUUUUAUAUAAUAUAUAUUAUACACACUUUGUAUAUUACAUAUAUGUGUGUGUGUAUAUGUAUAUGGCAAUGAGCACAGAAAAAGAUGAGUGGAACACAUUGUGUGUGUAUAUAUUUAUUGUACAUAUAAAAAUAAUACAAACAGAAAUAAUCUUUAAGAUAAUAAAUUCUAAGAUUAACCCAAAA